AUGCAGGGCGCAACAAUACAGGCGCCGGGACUGUCGACGUACCUCAAGUCGCUGAAGAGCACGCCUGUCGAUGCUUCGGUUGAGCAUUUCAUCUCACUCCUCAAGCGACGCCAAAUACGAAACUCGAGACCAUGCGCUAUAGCGACGACGGCCCUACUCUUGCGCGUCGUCGGCGAGUUCAAGGGAAGGGAUGCCGCAAAGCUCAUUGAGCGCAUAAAGCAGGUCGGCAGGCGGUUGACGUCGGCGCAACCACGAGAGGUAGUCGUGGGCAACAUUGUACGACGCGUACUGGGGCUCGUACGCGAGGUCGUCGACGAACAUGCCGAAGGGCAGACGCCAACGGGAAGCGAACCAGGCCACUCGACUCCACAGGCGCCCACGCAGCACGACUCCCUUCACAGGCCAGUCUUGAACUCGAGCAUAUCCACCUUCAGCCCUCUCAGACAUGCCGUCGCCGAACCCAUGCACACAAGUGUCUUCACCGACAACGCAUCCGACGUUAGCGAACCCUCGAGACGGCCCCCGUUACUCACCUCACACACUUCGUAUGCGCCCACCUCGUCCGCUCCUCUAGUCCACUCGCUAUUCGGCCUCUUCUCCCAGCCCGCAGACACACCCUCGACCACAAGUACACCCACAGGGCAGGCUUCGCCAAACGGCAAGAGCACUCUCACAGCACUCAACCUGGAGCGCCUCGAGGGUAUCAACAGGAGCCAGAAUCUCGACCUCAAGGGCGAGGUCAUGGAGGGCAUAAGAGAACUUCAGGACGAGCUCGAAACAUCAGACAAGCAGAUUGCCGAAGUUGCCCUCGAGCACAUUCACGCCAACGAGAUUAUCCUCACCCACACUGCGUCGACAACAGUCCAGAAGUUCCUCCUGUUCGCCGCACGAAAGCGCAAGUUUACCGUCGUACACGCCGAGACAUAUCCCCACGAUCACACUGCCACCCAUGGCAUCCUCCUUACCGGUAAAAAGCGAGAGGCGAACCCAGAUGACGACGCCGACGACGACAAGUGGAAGCCGCUCACCGACGCCGGCAUCCAAGUCUACGUUAUCCCAGACUCACAUGUCUUCGCCAUAAUGUCUCGCGUCAACAAGGUCAUUCUAGCGACACACACCGUGCUGGCCAACGGCGGCCUGGUUGCUGCAGCCGGAGCACACAUGAUUGCAAAGGCUGCCAAGGAGCACCAGACGCCUGUUGUGGUGCUCAGUGGAGUAUACAAGCUCAGUCCAGUCUAUCCGUUCGACAUCGACGAGCUGAUCGAGCACGGUGAUGCAGGAAGUGUAGUGCCCUACGACGACGGCGAGUUUGUCGACAAGGUCGAUGUUGAGAACCCUCUGUAUGACUACGUUCCUGCAGACCUUGUGGAUCUCUACAUUACCAAUCUUGGUGGACAUGCACCUUCAUACCUCUACCGCAUUGUAGCGGACCACUACCGCUCCGAGGAUAUCACUUUGUAA